AUGUCAACUGACCAACCACACUCCUCCACCGAACAAGACACUGGUCUGCUCCCCCGAGCCCAACUUCUGGCCGAAAAUCUGCAGGCAGUCCUUCAGCGCAUCAGCUCCGUCGCUCAUUCUCCCAAUUCGGUUCGGUUGGUAGCAGUAUCAAAAUUGAAACCUGCCACCGAUGUUUUAGCAAUACACGAGCGGACGGGGCACACACAUUUUGGGGAGAACUAUUCGCACGAACUCCUAGAGAAGGCAGCUAGCCUACCGACCGCUCUCAAUUGGCACUUCAUCGGCGCCCUCCAAACGAACAAAUGCAAACAUCUAGCUGAGAGGAUUCCGAACCUCUGGGCCGUCGAGUCCGUCGACACUGUUAAAAAGGCCGACGCAUUAGAAAAGGGCCGCGCCGCCUUACUUUCCACAUCCCCCUCCACCCCAAAGCUUCGGGUCUACGUCCAAGUCAACACUUCCGGUGAAGAAUCCAAAUCCGGCUGCCAACCCACGGCUGCCCCAGUAUUAGCAAAGCAUAUUCUUGAAGAGUGUAAGCAUUUAACCUUACAGGGAUUAAUGACCAUCGGUGCCAUCGCAAGAUCCCGAGAGUCGGAUAUUCCGAACGAGGAUUUUUUGACGCUGAAGAGGGUGAGGGAUGAGGUUGCGCAGAGGGUUGGCAUAGACUCGGAUCAAUUGGAGUUGAGUAUGGGAAUGAGUGAGGAUUUUGAGCAGGCGGUCAGCUUAGGCACUUCAAACGUUCGGGUCGGGACGAUCAUUUUUGGGCAGAGACCUCUGAAGAAGGAUGCCGCUAUUUAGGGUCAAGCCAGUGAACCUAUGGCUUGAAUAGGCUUACUUGGGUACCUGGCCUAAACUAUAUUCCCGAACUCGAGGACCUAGUAUUAGGAUGUCGAAGAUAUAGCACCACGCUUAAUGCCCGCCUACCCUCAAUCCUUACUACCCAGCGUAAAAAAUCUCUGAGGUGCUCACCGGCUUGAAUUAAAUAAACAAACAGUUAAUCCAA